AUGCUUAAUAUUGGAGAUUUAGAUAGGAAUUCGCCCGUUGACCAACUACAAAAACGUCGAACUCGCCGUACAAGGCCCCUACAAGCUGAGGGUAUUUUGACCGUUUCCGAGGGCCGAGAGCUGGCACAAGAGGCUGAAGAAGCUGUCAACCCCCCCUGUAGCCAAUGA